AUGAUCGACAAGCUAGCUAUGCUGUACCGAUCGCCCCAGGACGAGUCGUGCCUCAUCAGCAUUCUCAAAACCAAGCUUCCCCUCGAGCUUCUCCUGCGCCUUACCGACUUCCUUGACCGCGACUCACUCCUCCAGCUUCGCCUCUCCUGCCGGGACCUGGAACGCGUGCUCUUUCACAUCUUUGUCAAGCGCUUCUUCAGCCGCCGCGACAUUCGCCCCUACAUCGAGACCAUUGCCAUCCGCUACGUCCAUAAUGUGGACCGCGACCUGUGCGCCGUCUUCAGCUCGGGCGCCGACAAGGACCUUCUUGAAAAGGCCUUUUCCCGUCUACCUAACCUACGCACCAUCAUUCUCCGCUACCCUUCCUCCAGCCCAAACAGCAACGUCUUUUCCCUCGACGUCCGCAUGUACCGCGUAACCGCCUACGCCAUCUCCCGCACCAACUUGGAUCUCGACGCCUUCAUGGUCGAGGAGAGCGGCGGCCCCGGAGGCGGCCUCAACCUCUUGGGUCUUGAGCUCCCAGACGCCGAACGUGCCAUUUACGAGUCUGGCUUGCAUCGCGUCAAGAGCCUCGCCCUCGCCCUCUCCCCGCGCAUAGGCGCUCACCAAACUCUCACCAAUUUUCUUCGCCCUUUCACCAACCUGAGCUUCCUGCGCAUCAAUCUAGAUCGCUCGCACCCGGGCUCCUGUCGCGAGCUCAUGAAGCCCAUGUUCGUGCCCCCGCUGCCAAACUUGAGUACCGUACGCGAGCUGCAACUGGGCAAAAUGAUGGUGACUCCGCAGACUCUCGUCGCCACCAUCAACGCCUUUGCCCCCAACCUCGAGUCCCUGACUCUCUACCGUCUCGGUCUCUUCGACGAGGCAGGGCACUGGGGUACCGGUACUCCCUUUGACAACGGCGUGGCCCCUACAACCCUUCCCAACCUUGCCCGCUUCAAUGCCAAAUUCCUUACCGAGCGCGCCACCAAGUCCUUUGUCUCCUUCCGUUUGGCCGACGCCACCAGCCCACGCGGCUACAAGGACAUGACCUGGUGUUCUUUCCGUGGCUCUGACUUCCACGCUUUUGCUCGGAACACCAUCUCCCAGCUUUACAUCCCGCCCCUACCGCCGAUCGUACCUCUUCCGGUACACCAGGACGAUGAGGACGAUGAGGACGAUGAAGAUGACGGUGAUGGUCUAUCUGAAGAUGAGGAUAUUGAUAUGGCUGCCCAGUGA